AUGGAUACCGAUAGUGAUGAGACGGAUUCUGAUAGUGAAGAACAAAAUGGGUUGGAAGAAGAGAAUAAUUGGCUUUUAUUGUGUGGUUUAGCCAUUGAAGGGAUAAUAAUUAGUGCAAAAUUGAGUAAUCCACGUAUGCUUUGUCACACAUCUUCUCGUACAGGCCAUGUAUUUAUUCAAGAAAUACUUAAUGGUCAUCCGAGACGUUGUUAUGAAGUUUUUAGGCUUCACGUACAGGUAUUCAAAUCGUUAUGUUCGAAUCUUUCAAAGCAUUACGGGUUGAAACAAACACGUAAUAUUUCCGUUUACGAGUCAGUUGGGAUUUUUUUGAUGACUUUAGCACAUGGAGUUGGAAAUCGAUUGGUCCAAGAAACAUUUAAUCAUUCUGGUGAAACUAUUCAUAGGCAUUUUCAUCUUGUUUUGAACUCGGUACUUAAAUUAAGUGGAGACAUUAUAAAGCCUAGUCCAAAUUACAAUGAAGAAGUACCCUCACAAAUCUUAAAUUCGAGCCGUUAUUACCCGAUGUUCAAGGAUUGCAUUGGAGCCAUUGAUGGGACUCAUGUGAUGGCAUCUGUUCGGGAACAUGAGCAACCAAAAUAUAUUGGUAGAAAAGGUUAUGUGACACAAAACAUAAUGGCGGCAUGCGAUUUUAACAUGUGUUUUACAUUUGCGUGGGCUGGAUGGGAAGGGACAGCACAUGAUACUAGAAUAUUCAAUGAAGCAUUGCGAAGGCCCGAAGUUAAUUUUCCACGUCCAACGGGUGAUAAAUAUUACGUUGUUGAUGCCGGGUAUCCAAAUACUAGAGGUUAUCUUGCUCCAUAUAAAGGAACCAAUAUUCGGUAUCAUAUACCAGAUUUUUGUCGUGGAAAAACUGCUGCUAGUCGUGCUCCUAGAGGAGCUAAAGAGAUAUUUAACCAUCGGCAUUCAUCAUUGAGAAAUGUCAUUGAACGAACUUUUGGAGUAUGGAAGGCUAGAUGGGAAAUAUUACAAAAUAUGCAUGUCAAUUACACUUACGAGACACAAGUGAAUAUCGUGCUUGCAUCCAUGGCGAUUCAUAAUUAUAUUAGAAAGAAAGAUGCAUGUGAUGAAGGAUUUAUUAGGGCGCAACGAGAAUCUUACACUCCAAAUAACGGUAUUCAUGGUCGAGGAUCUAGUAGCAUUAGCGAAAUAGAUGAAGACACAAGUGCACAACGUAGACAUGAUGAUUUAUAUAUGAGUGCAAUUAGAGAUAUAAUUGCAGGAGAACUAAUCCAAUCAAGAAGAAUGUCUUUAUUGAAUAUUGAUGUAUGUUAA